CACGUUUUAGCAGCCUGGUUGACUUGUAUCGACUCGGAGAAAUUGAAAAGCCACAAAGUGACGGUGGCUCAGUUUCGAGAGUUAUUAGUGCAUCAAGCCUCAUCCAAAGAUGAACACAAAUAUGAGUGAUUGUAUAUUUACCGCCAAGCUGGGGAACAUUAAAGCAGUUCUACAUCUUCUUAAAGCAGUCAACUUCAAAGAGACUGCUACAUGUUUCGCGACAGAAAAUGGUCUGAAAGUGACGGUGGAAGAUGCAAAAUGCAUGCAAGCCAAUGCUUAUAUACCUGCUGAUAUUUUCCAAGAAUUUACAUUAACGGAAGAUGUCAUUUUCCGUAUAAAUCUGAACGUUCUUGUGGAAUGUCUCAGCAUGUAUUGGAGUAGCAUACAUUCUACAGGAAAUUCAGUAGUCCUGCAGCUCAUCUACAAAGGUCAUGGAUUUCCAGUAACCGUCUUGAUUAACGAAGAUGGCAUUAUAACCGAUUGUUCGCUGAAAACUCAAGAACCCGAUGAGUUACUGGACUUUACAUUUGACACCGAAAAUGUGAUUAACAAAGUCGUGUUGCAGACUGAACUGUUAAAGGAUGUAUUUGCAGAAAUGGACCCUACGAGUGAAGUAAUGGAGCUCCUACUCUCUCCCGAUGCCCCCUAUUUCCAAAUAACCACCGCUGGUGUGGCAGGAGACUGUCGAAUAGAAAUCCCACACAACAGUCAAUUAGUCGACAUCUUUGAAUGCACCAUUCGAGCUACUUCGUGCUACAAAUUGGCUCACAUAAAACCCGCAAUGAAGGCAUUGUCACAUGCCAACAAGGUGUCUCUUCGAACCGAUAACUGUGGACUUCUCUGCUUCCAAGCCAUGGUGAAGACCGAAGAGGGUCACGUCUGUUACGUGGAAUACUACAUAUCCCCAAUCGUUGAUUCCGACGAAUAGAGUGACUAACCUCCAAAACGAGCAUUGUAAAUACGUUCUUUACAUCUCCACCACCUACACGUAAGAUUUAAAAUAAUCAAUACCGAGUAUUUUAAUAUAAAGUUAAUAAAUGCCUUUACCAUUUGCAAGUCUGUCGGAGGGAUCAGUAUGCCUCGGCAGACCCCAAAUACAAACUAAACAUUAACAAAUAAUAUAUUUUCAUCACCAAACGUACAGUUCGUUGUUCUUAUUGUUCUUACACGGAAAUAUUCUCCUAAACUGCACGUCUUCCAGAAGUUUCCUUUCAGAUGAACUCGCUACCUCAGGAUUUACCGGUAAAACAUGAAACGCAAGGAAAUUCGUUAAGAGCUUAAUUUAUUUAGACUAGAUGGGGUACUGUACAUAAUUUUCCUGUUAAUAUAGAAUCAUCACCGAGCUACACGCUGCGUGAUUUAAUCGAACACCACGAUUACAGAAUUUCCCUUGCAUCUUAGGCAAAAUAAAACGACACAAAGCCAAAUCUUUCCCUCCGCCGACAAGAGCGCCUUUCGACUGCCCGAAAGCAUCGCUGAAACAAUUUAUACAGCACGUCGGCGAAUCUAAAAAAAAUAUCCACAA